AUGAAAAACGCUCUGGAAGAGAAGAAAAUCGUCAAAAUCGAUUUCAACGAUGAAAUUCGGGAGUUUUUUUCGACUUUUUCAUCAUUUCCCUUGAGAAGAAGAAUUGAAGCAGACGAGGAAGAUGAAAAGACAACUAGGAUGGGAGAAAGGGAAGAGAGGGAGACGGACACGAAGGGCGAAAGGGAGGAGAAGACGGAGAGGAACACGAUGUCGCCAUCCUUCAGCUUUUCUCCUUUCGCAUGA